AUGACAGUCUCAAGAAAAGUCAGUUUUGCAAUACUUAAUCAUCACAAUGAAUCUAAAGUUGUCUUGGAUACAAUUAGUAUGAUGGAUAGAAGACGUGUUCACUUUAUUGUAAAGGUAUUUAUUGUUAAUAUCCUUCAGAUAUUUUUCUCAAUAUUCUUAACUGUGUUAAUGGAAAUAUUAAAUCCUUUAAAUAAUUUUCAGCAAAACCAUAUUUGGUUUGUUCCUGUUUUAAUUUUCAUUUCAAUUGGUGUAACUCUUGUGACGUUUAUCACACCCAAAGUGCAACAUAUCAAAUUACUCAAUGAUUUUCUUCUAUUCCUUUUCACACUCAGUUUUGGAGGUUUAAUAGCUUGUCUAUCAGUUUACGUUCAUGGGAUAUUCCUAUUCGUUAGCUGGAUAAUGGCUAUCAUUCUGUCAAUCAUCAUCUUUACUAUAGCGUGUCAAAUGAAACAAGAUAUAACUCCGUAUUUUUUACCAUUUCUGAUUUACGGGGCUGGUAUAAUCAUUGCUGGUGGAAUUGCUUAUAUUGUCUUAUACUUCUCAGAAUAUUACACAACUGGUCAGCAUGUGCUUGGCGUUUGCAUUCUUUUGGUUGCUAUUCCGAUUAGUCUAAUCGAGAGUCAGAUGCUUGCAGGAGGAAGAAGACUGAUCUUCGAUACUAAUGACUACAUUUUAGUGACAAUGUUCCAUUGGAUUUUAGUCAGCUUCUCAUAUAGUGGAUUGAUAUUUCAAUUCCUGGAAAUAUGGUUCCCAUAA